CUAUAAUCAGCUGUUGUUACGCUCGCCGGCCGGCUCUGUAUCGCAGUCAGUAUUCAGCUGUUUUGCUUUGCUACAGUAUCCCUGAGCAUAGCCCUCUCGAUCAAUUAUUAUGAUUAUGAGUUUUCGUUACCGUAAUAAGUAUCCAGGAAAAAUUGUUCAAUUGAUCGUCAAUAGUUCGAUACAGUGCUUCACCUACACCCAGCAAUCUGUGCAAAAACUUAUGGUCCGUAGGUUGUACUUCACGGAUGACGUUGUUCUGUGAAAUCUAACAGAGAGACUUUUAACUCGGGAAUUUUUUUUAGUUCUUUCUCGUUUCGAGUACGCGAAAUUUUUUUCGGAAUGUCGACUGGAAAGAGAUUAGCCAAAAGGUCCAUAAUCGGUACACGUGUCUGUGCGCCCGGCGAGGACGGGAAAUACUACUCUGGGGUGAUACAGGCGGUGAAGACUCCGGCUAACUUAUCUUCCAACAAUAACUGUAUAAAUCUAACCCCGAACACACGAUACACUGUUAAGUUCGACUCCAGACAGGGCAACUUGGGACGUACCAGUUGCGAGUUUUUCGAGGGUAAUCUGAUCGGGCCCGGAUUCCAAUCUGUGCUUGGUCUGGAGCUCGUCAAAGGACAGAAAGUUUACGUUACCCACAACGGCAGGGAGAACUGCGGUGAAGUCUUGAAACACUACGUGGAGACCGACGAAGUCAUCAUCAGAAUCCAUCCCACAGGCAACGAGUCGCCUUAUGAAGUCCAGAAGAAGCUCGAAGAAGUGAGGCUGCUGGAGUCAAGGAAGUCUGCCCGUUUGGCAGAUACUGACACCGAUUUCGCCCGGUUGGCAGAUAUGGCUGGUGACAGGAAGAGGCCCGCAUCGCAGUCCAUAGAUGUGCCUCAAUCAAACUACCAUCAAGGAUCGCGAAAACGUAGGACUAGUAGCAACUACGACGACAGUUCGAAGGAUUCGACGAUGGACGAGUGCAGUGCGGCCUUGGUCCUGAUGAGCCUCUCGUGUUCACCACAUUCGCCGAACUUCAGCGGACUCCAAUGGCUGAGUUCGUCCCCAGAAAGCUGUAGUAGCUCUGCCUCCUACAGAUCUACCCCUUCCCCUACCAUAACUGAUACCGGCGAUGCUCGAGAGAUUCCACCCAAAUCAGAGUUGUCCUCAAGCAAUGCCUCCGACGAAGGUAUUGUAAUGGAUUUCUUCUUCGAUGAACAGCCGAGGAAGAAGAAGAACCUGACAAGGAUAGUUUACCAGUGUACUUGGCCGAGCUGCUUAAAGAGCACCAACUCGUUGGAAGCGAUAAUGGCACACAUCAGGAUAGAGCAUAUCACGGACCGAGUUGUUGUGCCAGGUGAGGAGGAUUUUUACUACACGGAGAUCGAACUCGGCCUGACAAGUCCCCCUCCCACUUUAUCCCACCGGGACAUGGCUCGUCCGCCAUAUGAAGACCCGGAGUACCAGAGGCAGCUCGUAGGAACGAUCCGCCAAAAUUUACUAUCCGGCACCGUCCCCAUGCUACCACAAUCGCCCCACAAGAUAAUGAAACUCUCGCCGAGACCGCACAGUCCUAAGACUCACCCUGUAUCGCCGCGUAGAGUGAGGGGUGAGAACAAGAAGUGUCGAAAAGUAUACGGCAUGGACCACCGUGAACAGUGGUGCACACAGUGCAAAUGGAAGAAAGCCUGUUCCAGGUUCGGAGAUUGACUCAGAAAACCGUUACGACGUGAAAUUUGUGUUCUUCGACAAAUAAACAAUAAUUAAUCGGCGAUAUAAAUAUAUACGGGAUCUCAAUAAUUUUUGAAGUACAAGAGUUGAUAUUCUUCGACUUAUAGACGCGAUUUCGUCACAUUAUAUCGGGUACUACUAAUCGACUUUUCGAAGGCUCUAGCCAGACAACUUUUUACUCCUCCAACGGUCAUCGUGAAAAUUUGGUGCUUUGCACUCCAACUGAAGUCAUUGUUGGAUAAUUUAGUGCUUUCUAGAGUUGUUUCAGCAAGCAAUAUUCCACCUCCGAGUCCUCCAACAAUUAAAAUAUGUAUUUUCUAACUGUACAAAUAUUUAUUAGUACAUUAAAAUUGUGAAUAUCAACGGUUUGGAUCUAUCAGGAGGAGAUCAUUCCAAAUGCAUAUAGGGGAAUAAUAGAGAUGACUAGAUUAUUUAUUUAUACAUAUACAGGGCUAAUAUUUAUUGACCUAACCUAUGAAAGUCCCUGUAUGGGCUCAUUUAAAGACUGUUCAUCAAAUCACGAAAUAAAAAUUUCAAGUAAAUAUCAUUUCAAAUAUAUAUUUUCAUAAGUGCAUCUUGGAUUAACUUUAUUGAACUUUUACUUCAAGCGAAAAUUAUCCUUCCUGAUGAUGUUCAUCACAUUUGUUGCUGAUUGAAAAUUUAAUUUUUCCAGUGGGAUCAUCGGUUCUUAUCGAGAAACAAAAGUAAAUAGUUAAUGGUAUAAACUCGCCGAUUACUUUCUCGUACUGCCAUCACUAUCUAUCAAGAUCAGAACAUAUUUUCUGAGAUAUCUACCUCAUUUUAUCCGAUAUACAUAUCGAUAUCGAAAUUUUAACAUCUAGUGGCAAGAAUCUAAUCAUUAUCGUUAUUGUUGGAUACUCGAAAACAAACUGACUGAAGAGAUAGUAGGACACCAACUGAUAUGAAGUUCGUGAGAAAAAUUUCAGACAUAGAAUAUGUGAAAUUGCCAAAAUUUAAAUGAAGGUAGUCAUACACAGUAUCGGCUGUAUUUCUUCCUUACUGUUGGAGACUAGGAACCCAAGAUUUGUUAUAUUUCUCUCGUCAUACGAAGAAUUUUGUAUUGAAACGAAAAAUUGCAUAAGCAGUUUCACAAUCGAAACUUUGUUGAAGAAUUGUGUGGCAUAUAUUCCCUGCUCAAUUUUUUUCUACGCAAUUAAAGUCAUUCUCGACUUUAUGAGAUACUCGAGUGUAUUCAUUUCGUUAUGACCGCUGGAGUAGGAACACCCCAAAUUUUUAUUCGUUUUUCGAGAAUCAACAUCAACAAGAUGUUCAGGAUGUUAUUAAUCUAUACCUAUAAUCGAGAGAUCAAGAUUUGGUCUGAAGUAUAUUUUGUGAGAGCGUCAAAGGACAUCUGAGUGAGAAAGACUGUGAAACGGCAACCACUUAAAAAGCAAUCAUAAAAUUAUUUACAUUAUAUUGUUAUCGAUAUCGGAGAUUAUAUUAUUAUUAUGGAUGGUGUGUUUGUUCGUUAGUUAGUUUAUAUAGUUUUGUAAGUGAAAGUUAUAGAGUCUACGUAUAUGCCUUCUGGGAGAGUUUGAAAUUUGUGAAUUUUCAACAUGUAUUCACCAAAUAUGUUCAAGGGGAAAAAUAAUCUUUGAACUUCCCAAAUUUCCAAAGAAUUUGGAAAAUCUAAAUUAUUCGCGAAUAAAAGUAUUAUACAUACAGAAAUCUAUUCAGUAUUCAUAUAAAACUAGGAGUUUGAAAAGCCACAGGUACCUGAAAAUUUGAACAAAAACUCAAAAACAGCUAAUUCUAGAGAUUGUCAAAGACAAAACAAAUCACAUCGAAGCUUCGAAGAACGGUCUCUAUAAUGUGCGAUGCUAAUUUGAUGUUGAAAAUUCACAUUCUGCUGAAUAUUGUAACUAGACUGGAUCUCCACAACCAAAGCGCAUAAUAAAAGCGCUACCUUACCUUUAUCUGCUAAAUAAGUGUUUGAAGAACCAAAUUCAUAGCUUCUCGAAACUCGUGCAGCAUUUACCCCAUCACCCCAUCAUAUUUUUCUCUCUUGGGUUGAAAUUAAGUAGAAAUAAAGUAUAUCUUGUAUGCAUGAACCCAGAGCUACUCAGAGAUCAAUUCUUAUUUUAGUCCUCACUCAGAGGCCAACCUGAAUUUGUUGAAGGUCAGUAUUUUGUUGGCUUGAUUGAUUUUGAAUUGAAAUAAAUAUCUAGUAGCUUGCAUAAUGUUCACGUGUACAGAUACUAUAUAAGCAUUAUUUUGGAGUAUAAGAUUACUGAGUUAUAAUAUAUAUUGAUGGAAAGGUAAAACGGAGGAAAGAAUCGUUGAUGAGACAGGUGAACAUCACAUAAUUUUGCCUCUGAACCAUGCUUUCCUUUGUCGUUUUAAUGAGUGGGAGUGAGAAUGAUCUUUUCUGCCAUAUAUUUAGUUAAGUUUGAGAAAGGGGCCUCACAAGACACUUGUCACAUUCCGGCAUCUCAAUACUGCCUGUCAGAAGAAUCGGAGCUCCGAAAGUUUUUGUUAAAUAUGUCCGCAUAAUUUUUUGUAAGGAGGUUGCUGAUUUGCAUACGUCAACGCUGUACGAUUGAUUGUUUAUAUCUCAUUUCAUUACCUCUUAGAUGUUUAUGUUAUUAUCAUACUGUUCUCGUGUUAGAUAUUUAUAUAUUUUCAGAGUAUUCAUAUACAUAUAUUUUAUUAUUAUUGUAAGAUUGAUUGAAUCAAGUUAAGGUUCAUUGUGUAAUAUGAAAAUCACAAUUUCGAGAUCUAUAUAUUUUACAUUUAAUAAAAUGAUACAUAUUCACCAAGCAUGUAUUCAAAUGAAAAUGUAUGACUGAGAUACCUUUGAGUGAUUCUUGAAUUUUUCCUUGGAACUAUGGAUGAAAUAUAUUAUAUUAUUAAUUAUAA